UCAUGUAUUAUGGCUCCACCUCCACAUAUAGUGAGGAUAAGAUUAUGUAUGGAGAGAAUAGAGCAAAGGAGAAUGCUCAGUCUGCUUCAUUCAUAUUCAAAUGAGUUGCACCAUAGCAAUACUAAAUUCUAUAUCCACUCCUUAUUUUAAUAAAUGUUGUACACGAAGCUUAUUUAACUGGAAUUUUGGGGAAAAUAACAAGACUACUGAUGAUAAGCCACAAUUUAGAUAUCAUGAUCUUGAUCUCCCUUUUCCUCCUUCCCUCAUCAGCAAAACAUUCUUGAAAGGAAGGGAGCUGAAAUGUUGCUAUAAGGCAUCAGUGGAUGGAUUUAGUGCAACUGAAUUCCACAAGAGAUCUGAUUUCAAAGGACCAUGUGUGAUCAUUGGCUACACAACAAAGGCCUUUAAGUUUGGAGCAUUCAAUCCAGAAGGUUACAGAAGUACAGAUGAUUAUUAUGACACUUUUGAUGCAUUUCUCUUUUAUUGGGCUGAAAAUGAUGAACAACCAAUAAUCUUGCCUAAAGUAGGGGGAAGUGGUGCUGCCCUUUUUGAUUAUGCUAGAGGAGGGCCCCAGUUUGGUGCUGAUGGAUUGCUAAUUGGACCUCCAUUGGCUCCUGUCAUGGGUGGAUUUGCUGGACCUGAUACUAAUUCUGGCAUUGGUGAUUUAAGGCAAGCUAAGUCAAGAUUGGGACUUUCUUAUGCUAAAAGACCGGAUGGUAGAGAGUCUUUGUUUGGAGAUGAGUCUAAGGCUGUUAUUGAUGAAGUUCUUGUGUUUUGUAGUCCUCAAAUUGCUAGCUUAUAUUGAUUCAGGUUUCCCAUGAA